AUGCGCCUCUACGCACUCAAGGUGCCCCCAAGCAUCUCCGAGGACACCCUCGACCGACUCCUCCAUCAUCUCCCCGAGGCCGCGCAGGACCGCGUCCGUAAAUUCCGCCAUGAGGCCGACGCCAUCCGUUCCGUCGCAGGCCGCCUCCUUCCAACGUGGUAUCUCCGCCGCUCAGGCCUCGUUCCACCACCAACCCACCCCGAAUUCGAGACCGGCCCAAAGGGCAAACCUUUCCUCGCAAAGCCGCAAAUACAGCUGGAUUUCAAUACCAGCCAUGAGGGAGCGUACGUCCUCCUGGCCGUGAACGACCGCGACGUGGGCGUAGACGUCAUGGACUUGCCCUCCAAUCCCGAGGAACUUGAAGACUCCAUCUCAUACCAGCUCACGCCACACGAGCGCCUCGCACUCGCCGCCACGCGGGGACGCGUAAAGGCCAAACUACUCACUACGCUGUGGACGAUAAAGGAGGGCUAUACCAAGGCUAUUGGGGAGGGGAUCGCUUUUGGACUAGACCGCAUCGAGGUCGAUCCGGGGGACGGGUCUGUCGCUGGCGUGCGCGUUGAUGGGCGCGAUGUGCGCAAGGACGGGUGGAGAUGGGCUGUUGGGAGCCUCGAGGGCGGCGCGUACGGGUACGCCGUUAUCUGGCGUGGCGAGGAGAGUGCGGUUGAGGUCGAGACUGUUGGGUGGGACGAGUUCAUCCGUGCCUUCAUUGGGAGCGGCAAGGCGUGGUAG